GACUUUUUGACUCCCUUGUCCUUUCCUGCUGUCCAUAUGGAGUGGAAUCCUCUCGCUCGUUCGUUCCGUUCACAGACUGCAUUCACUCCCUCCCUAAGCAUUGCAGGCUCUCUCUCUCUCUCUCUCUCUCUACUUUCUCUCUCUAGAAGGGGUGUUCUGAGAUCACAGAGACAGGAUGGUGAAGGCUGUUGCUGUUCUUGGCAGUAGCGAGAGCGUCAGCGGAACUGUCUUCUUCACACAGGAAGGAAAUGGACCUACCACGGUGACUGGAAGUGUUUCUGGGCUCAGACCGGGGCUCCACGGUUUCCAUGUCCAUGCUCUCGGUGACACGACUAACGGUUGCAUGUCAACCGGACCUCAUUUUAAUCCGGCUGGGAAGGAACAUGGUGCCCCCGAGGAUGAGAAUCGCCAUGCUGGUGAUCUAGGGAACGUGGUUGCUGGUGAUGAUGGUACUGCCACUUUCUCGAUCAUCGACAAUCAGAUUCCUCUCACUGGACCAAAUUCAAUUGUUGGAAGGGCUGUUGUUGUGCAUACAGACCCUGAUGAUCUUGGCAAGGGUGGACACGAGCUUAGCAAAACAACCGGUAAUGCUGGGGGCAGACUUGCCUGUGGUAUCAUUGGGCUUCAGGGUUAGAUGAUACUUCUAUGUUUGAGAGGAGUAUAUCGGAGGCGUAUGAAUCCGUUUGGAGUACUAUGAGAGGAUCUUCCCUUCGUGUUGAAUAAAAAUAAACAGCUUCUUGUAUAAGAAAGGGUCUUCUGAUGGCGCAGUAGCACUUUUGAGCUGAGUUUACAUGUAGUUCUCCCUCUAAUAUGCACUGCACAGGCUGGGGUUCUUCUGGUUAUGCAUUUCCUUUUUGGAUGCAUGCUAACAUUGUGCAUAUUUUUCCCGCUCUC